GGAUCUUAAGAUUUAUUUAGAUUCAGAAUUUCAUUUUUUUAAAGACUGAACAACAACGUUACAAGAAUUCGUUAUAAAUAAUUUGUGUUGACGAUCAAAAAUUGUUUUAUAACAAAGUGUGCCAAGGAGCAAAGAGUAGCUGAGAACUGAAGAACUGUAGCAUCACCAGAGCACCAUUAUAAUGACCAAGUUUGUGAUCCUAACUCUAUUUUGUUGGAUGACCAUGGUCACGUGUGGACCAGUUAAACAGGAGUCUCAAGUCUCCACAGACAACCAACCUAAGCGUGUCCAGCGAUCAACAUUACAGGAGGUACAUCAAAGGAUAAUGAAUGAACUACGUGGUUGGACACCUUCCCCGACUGAUUCGGACUCUUCCUCUGGUCGUAAUGACGAUCCCCUGGACCGGCUAGGGGGCACUUAUGUCCAUAAAGGCACGCGUGAGGCAGACGACGAAGAGAAUAAAGACUACGAUAUUUUGUCUGUUGUGGAUGAUGCUAAUCUGCCGUCAGGGACGGACGUCACAGAGAAUGAUGUCACUUCGGACGUGGGUGUACCUAUAGGAACCUCAGAACGGAAGCUCAAUGUCCUAAGGCGAGUCCUACAGGCGAUAAAGGAAAACAAUGAAAUUCCGGAGAAGAGGUCCUUGGACAGAUUAGGUGGGGCUUUCGUCCACGGAUACAAACGCGCUUUGGACCCUCUUGGUGGCGUUUAUCUUCAUGGAUAUAAAAGAUCACUAGACCCGUUGGGGGGUAUGUGGAUACAUGGUUAUAAAAAACGUGGCCUUGACCCUCUGGGAGGCGCAUACUUACAUGGAUUUAAGCGCGCAAUGGAUGAUGGUGACAUAGACGCCAAACGCGCCCUUGAUCGAUUAGGCGGUGCAUAUGUACAUGGGUUCAAGCGUGCAAUGGAUAAUGAUGAUUCGAAACGUUCUCUCGACCGGCUCGGUGGUGCUUAUUUACACGGAUUCAAGCGCGCUAUGGAUGGCGAUGAAGAUGACGUUGAUUCAAAACGUUCUCUCGACCGACUCGGUGGUGCAUACUUACAUGGUUUUAAGCGUACAGUAGAUAACGACGAAGACGUUGAUUCACAAAGUUCUCUCGAUCGAUUCGGUGGCGCGUAUCUAGAUGAAUUCAAACGUUCCAUGGAUGGCGAUGAUGAUUUAAAACGUUCACUUGAUCGUCUAGGAGGAGCAUACUUACAUGGAUACAAGCGAGCCAUGGACGACGAUGAAAAUGAGGAAAAGCGAUCUCUUGAUCGACUUGGAGGUGCUUUUGUGCACGGAUUCAAGCGUGCUUUGGACCCUCUUGGAGGUGCCUGGCUUCAUAAUUUUAAACGUGCACUGGAUCCAUUAGGCGGUGCGUAUCUUCAUGGCUAUAAAAGGGCACUUGACCCGUUAGGUGGAGCCUAUCUCCAUGGCUACAAAAGAUCUCUUGAUCCGAUUGGGGGUGCAUAUCUUCAUGGCUAUAAAAGGGCACUUGAUCCGCUAGGUGGAGCAUAUCUGCACCAGUACAAGCGUUCUGUUGACAAUGACUCCCAAGACAAAAGUGACUCCGGAAGUGCAUCACCUUGAUCCGAAAAUCAUUUUAUUAUGGCAAAUGAUACCAGGAGGUCAUCACGUCCACUCAUUACGCAACCAGAUUAAGAAAAUUAAAUGUUAUGAAAUAAAUCUAUUUUUAGACAACUAUCUCUUCAGAACUUUCCUUAUAUCGUAUGUCAGUGAUACAAAUGUAUUCGUAACCAGAAUGUCAAUGUUUAUGAGGACCUCAGAGAGCGCACCAGAAGCGUAGAAGACUUUUGGAAAUGCUAAAGGAGAUAUUUAUAUAAAUCUGAUAUUGACAUCGAUGUCAAGUUUGAAAAUACA